CAUCCAUCAUGCUCUGAUCUUCCCAUUUCACUGCAAGGAUGACGAACGAAUCCAUCGUGGGAUCUAGACCGAGGCGUGCUACAAGCAAAAGGGUACAGCCAGAGCUAUACACACGCAAUGCGAAGAGAAAAGCAGUGGCAUCUUCAUCACGAACACGAUUGAGCGAAUCAGAAGAUGAAGGGGAAGAUGUUGGAUCAUCAGAUGCUUUUCAAGCUGAAGAUGCAACAAGCGGACCAGAAGAGAUGACAAGUGAACCAGAAGAAGAAGAAAUGAACGGCAGCGUGCAAGAUGAUCCAAUCUACAGCAAACCUGUUCAGGCUAAAAUGGAAAGCACUCCCGCCAGGAAGAUUAGAGGCAGACAAUCUGGACCAGCAAGGGCUCAACAUCGCUUUCCACAUUCAUUCACCAAUGCUCCACAACAGCUUCAAGGUAUCGUUCCGGACGCUGAUAGUAUCCAUCAAGGGAGGAAAGAAGAAAGUCAGGAUAGCAAGACUGCGUCACUUCAAGUAGCUGCUAUGGUGAAAGACGUGUUGAAGAAGGGUAAAAGAAGGACACAAGUAUUGCCAAAGCGAGACGCACAAAAGUACUCAAAAGGCAAAAAGAUGACUGGGGAAGAAUCAUACUUGAAGCCAACAGAGGAAACAUUUGCAGCUGUAGAGGAAGGAACGGAACUCGUUUCUGAUGUCAACUUCACAGAACUUUUACCUUUCAUUGGCGACCGGUUAUCAGUCGAAAUGGGUACAGAGAAUGAUUCAAAUAAACUCAAAAUCCAAAAAGACAAUGCUAUCCCCUUGAAUGAGGCCACAAAGAUGUCUUCUCAACAAGGCGUCUUGUUAAAUGUGGGAUCACAAGUGUACAGCGUGGAUUGGAGCUACAAAGCCGAUGGGGCGGAAGGUGAUAACGAGUAUCUCUGCGUUUCAGCUGCUCUUGAUGAGUGGCCAAGGACUAGAUUAAUAGAGCGUGUCAAAAAAGGUUCUCAGCCAGGCGUUUUGCAGAUUUGGUCUAUCUCCAAGAAGGAUUGGCGUACGAAGCUGGAGAUGAAGCUUUGCUUUGAUGCUGGACGAAUGUCUGUAGUUCGGUGGGUGCCGAUCUCGGACAAUUUCACUGGAGCAAAUGCCUCGAUCGGCCUCUUAUCUGUCACAAUGCAAGAUGGAAAUAUCGAAAUAUACUCCGUUCCCCGUCCUGACACGCUGAGCGUUGAGGAUGAAGAAAGCGUUCCUUUUAUCAAGCUUGACCCGUUAUUGGUCUUUCGAUUCAGCGAAGGAAUACCGCUUUGUAUGGAAUGGCAGGAUUCGCAAUUGCUUGCCGUUGGUUAUUCCGAUGGACAUGUAGCCGUUUGGAACCUCCGAAAGGGUUUGGGGGAACAGCAAGAAUCAAUCAAAGAUAGAACGAAAGCAAUUUUCGUGCCGGAUAUGUGCAUUCGGGCGAGCAGAUCACCCAUUGCGGAUUUGACAUGGGGCAAGAAAGGUGAAAAUGAACUUUACAUUGCUGGAUAUGAUGGAUCAGUGAUCCAUACGACUUUAUCCAACGCAGAUUUCUGUCAGCAAUUGAUUCGAUCACGGGAUACGUCAAGUGCGAUUACAUUUGAACAAACUACGAAUUUAGCAUUAUAUGAACGUUUGAAGGAUUGUUGUAUUCAAACUGUUGAAUUUCCACAAAAGUCAAAACCUUCUUCACGUCUCGUUUAUCCUCAUUAUGGUAGGAUACGUUGUUUGCAUACUUCACCUCAUCAUCCUUUUUUGGCAAGUGGCGGAGCAGAUGGAACGGUUCGGAUAGGCAAUGUUCCUGCUCUAAUGUUACAAAAUACACGCAGAUGGGCAAGCGGAGGAACGCAUACGAUUUUUCGAUUAGAUUUUCCAGAUCGUGGUUCGAACGGUCCUGUUCGUUUUAUUGAACCUUUGGCAACUUUUGAUAAUGCACGUUUUCCACCUGAUGGUCUCUUUGCUUCAGCGAAAUCAUCAAAAUUUUCUUCGUUUGCUUCAAAACAAGGUUUGACCAUGGCUUGGCAUCCGGCUGUCAAUGUGACUUGUGUACGAUGGAAUUUGAAUAGCCGUUGUGAAACUUGGUUGGCAUCCGGAAUGGCGGUAGGCCUCGUACGAAUUGAUGUGGUUGGCAAGCCGUCCGAGCAAGAAAGCGAUGGUGAAACAGAAGGGGAUGUGUGAUUCAUUUCUCUCAAACACUGUAUUAUAAUCAUGUAUUACGACCACAAAUGACCAUAUUUAC